CCGGCCGCCGACAACAUGGCGGAGCGCAGGAGGCACAAGAAGCGGGUUCAGGAGGUUGGCGAGCCAUCCAAAGAGGAGAAGGCCAUCGCCAAAUACCUACGCUUCAACUGUCCAACCAAGUCCACCAAUAUGAUGGGUCACCGAGUGGAUUAUUUCAUUGCCUCAAAAGCAGUGGAAUGCCUCUUGGACUCCAAGUGGGCAAAGGCCAAGAAAGGAGAGGAAGCCUUAUUCACAACUAGAGAGUCCGUGGUUGACUAUUGCAACAGACUGCUGAAGAAACAGUUCUUUCACCGGGCCCUGAAGGUGAUGAAAAUGAAACCCGAAAAGGACACAAAGAAAGAAAAGGAGAAAAGCAAGGCCGAAAGUGGGAAAGAAGAAGAGAAGAGGAGCAAGAAAGAAAGUGCCAAGGAGGAGAAAGGGAAGAAGGAGAAAGAAAAGGAAAAGAAAAAGGAUGGGGAAAAGGAAGAGUCCAGAAAGGAUGAGACCCCAGGAACACCCAAGAAAAAGGAAACAAAGAAAAAGUUUAAACUCGAGCCCCAUGAAGAUCAAGUUUUCCUGGAUGGGAAUGAGGUAUAUGUGUGGAUCUAUGACCCAGUUCACUUUAAAACAUUUGCCAUGGGACUGAUUCUUGUGAUCGCCGUGAUAGCCGCAACGCUCUUCCCACUCUGGCCAGCGGAGAUGCGAGUGGGUGUCUAUUACCUAAGUGUCGGAGCGGGCUGUUUUGUAGCCAGCAUUCUCCUCCUUGCCGUUGCCCGUUGUAUCCUCUUCCUUAUCAUUUGGCUGAUAACUGGAGGAAGACACCAUUUCUGGUUCCUGCCAAAUCUGACCGCCGACGUGGGCUUCAUUGACUCCUUCAGGCCCCUGUACACGCACGAAUACAAAGGCCCCAAAGCAGACUUCAAGAAAGAGGAGAAGGCCGAGUCCAAAAAGCACCAGAAGUCGGACAGCGAAGAGAAAUCGGACAGCGAGAAAAAAGAAGAGGACGACGGGAAAGCGGGGCCCCUGGGAAGCGCCGGAGCGGAGGGCCCCGGGGGAGAGCGGCAUUCCGACACGGACAGCGACAGGAGGGAAGAUGACCGAUCCCAGCACAGUAGUGGAAACGGGAAUGAUUUCGAAAUGAUCACGAAAGAGGAACUCGAACAGCAGACAGAUGGAGAGUGUGAGGAAGAGGAGGAGGAGGAAGAGGAGGAGGAGGAGGAGGAGAACAAUGAAGAGGCAACUCGACCAUUGCAGGAAAAAUCGUAAACUGAACUCGAACCUGGGGACUGAAUAUGUGCAAGGGGUUGGAUUUUCUAAGCUGGCUGAUCACCAAAAUGUAAACCUAGCAUUUGUAGCAUCCUUUAAAUCAGUUUGCUGAAACAUAGAUGACAUCCAGGCGGUUCUAUUCAGUCCUUUGUUUUGUAGACCAUAAACUAUUUUUUUUUUUUUGGUACAAUGGUAAGUCAUUAAUAACGUUAUAUUUACAGCCAUUUUAUCCACUUGACGAGUAGCCUGCCAGUAGAUCUUACUCCUUCCGCUAGUUGUCAGAGAUGCAAGUUUCCUCAGUGGCAUUUAGGGCACCCGGGGCAGCGGCCCAACUUCUGGACUGUUCGGACAGGUCGGGAAAGCUUUCAAGUCGGCCAAGCGAGUGACCAAAACCUCCGAUUGCGAAUAGCUCCGUAGUCACCGAACCGUUACCCCUUGGAGAUGAAGUGCUUAAACUCAGCGGCUGUCUCGCCACUUAAGCUGCUUUCUUAAUUUUCCUCAAGUUGUACCAGGAAACUUUUCUUUCAGGCUGUAGAGUUAGCGGGAGGCAACUUGUAAAGGAUCUUGGCCGAAGUUAGGCCGGCCGGUGGUCAGAGCAACAGCCCUCUCCGCGGAGCCCCGGUUCCUCCUGGACCAACCUAGGAAAUCCAAGGGAAUUCGGUCAUCGGGGGCGGAGGACGCGGGUUCCCCUCUUCCGGACGACGACGGAGCCAGCGGCCCCGGGUUGGAAACCAACAGUAGGCCCCGUCUCUUCUCUCCUCCCCGUCUCCCCCCAGGCCCCCGGCGUUACACAAGAAACCGUAUCCUGUACAUAAUUCACAAAGAAGCCUCGCGUUUUAACGGUCGCUCAGCCUUCAGAGGUUUCCUCGCCACUUGGAUUUGUAAAACGACGACCAUUUAAAAGGUGUGUUUUUAGAGAACUCCCGAGUCCCGCGACAUCGGCGUGCGACCGGUAGGGCUUUCCACAGCAGCUUCAGUCUUGUGCCAACAUUCCACGUGUUCGAGUAUGAGUAAACCCCGUCCUCCUUCAGAAGAGCGGACUUCGAAGUAGCUGUUUGUACGCCUUAAUGUUAUUAUUUCUUUUUGUUUGAUUCAUCUUAAAUCUUUACAUUCGGAAACUGGAGUACUGUAUUAUCCCAUUUAGAAGGCUCUCUGCUGUGAGAUACUUUUACCGUUCUAAAGUGCAGAUGAAAAUAAAGAACAUCCAAAAAGAACGCAA